GUCUGUGUUAUUAACAAAACAUGAAUCUCGAAAUAUAAAUAGAUGUUUGGGGUUAGUCUUAAAUUUAUACCAUUUAUAAAUUUAUUCCAAUUUAACGUAAUACAAAGCAGAUAUGACUAUCUAUAACAUGUAUAUAUUCGAUCGUUAUGGAACCCUUUUAUACUACGGAGAAUGGAAUCGAACCAAACAAUCGGGCAUGUCGAGAGAGGAGGAAGGAAAACUAAUGUAUGGAAUGUUAUUUUCAAUAAAGUCAUUUGUCACUAAAAUUUCUCCUUUAGACCCAAGGGAAGGAUUUCUUAACUAUAAAACAUCCAAAUACACCCUGCAUUGUUUGGAGACUCCAUCAGGAAUAAAAUUUGUUGUAAACACAGAUAAUCAAGCUCAAGGAAUUCGAGAACUGUUGAAAAAGAUUUAUUCAGAUAUUUAUGUUAAGUAUGUAAUUAGAAACCCGCUAUGUGGUAUAGGAGAACCAAUUAAUAGUGAAUUAUUUAAGAAUAAGUUAGAUUUAUUCAUCAAACAGGCACCAUUGACAGCUGCACGUGCUUCUUGAAAUUAAAUAAUACACAUAUUAAAUUGUAGAAGUUAUG